AUGGUAGUCAUCCAUGCUUCAAUUGCCGGAAAAGACUGCACUUAUAUCAAUGCUGGAGCGCAAACCAAUAGUGUUACCACGACCCAUGAAGAGCUUCUGGAUAAUACCGAAGGCGGCCAUGAGAUACCCUUGGAUGAAAGAAGACGUCUCUCGCCCACCAUCUUGAACGAGGGUUCUCGUGGCACACUCUCCCCGCAACGGACCGCGGACAUACCACAGUGCUCCGUUGGCGAUUUAUACAGAAGCAGGGAUGCUCCGUCCUUCUUUGGAUCCUCUUAUUUUGGUCCCCAGGCUGCGGCAAAGAUCAUCCAAGCUCCAGCACCUGACUUCUCCUCUGGCCUCCCAAACAAGUCGAUUGCAAGUUCUAUUCACUCCUUUCGCGACGAGGGCGGUCCCUUCUCUCAGAUAUGGGAUUUGCUGGGCAUACUACCGCGAAAGAAGGCCACGGUAGACCGGCUAAAAGAUGCUUUUGUUCAGGAACUAAACUGGGCAAUUGAUGCGAUCGAGGUCAAGGACUUCAGCAACAAGUACGAGCUCUUCUGGUCUAGGACCUUUGGUUUUGAUGAUCUGGCCACCAUCGACCUCAGGUGGCUCGCCUUGCUGUUCAUAGUGCUUGCGUAUGCGGUCCUGCUCGAUGGCAAGGAGCCGGCCAACAAAGACAUUGCCCGUGACCUGCAAGACACGUCUUUGCGUUUUUACUGGGCGGCGAGGCGAGCCAUUGUCAUUGCGCCCACAUUCUACGGAGAGUCCGUCGACCUCGUCCGGGCCGGUGUCUUGGUAACAUGGUACCUCAUUUACUCGCGGAGGAUCUCGGAGUCCUGGCUGACAUCGAGCUUUGCCAUGCGCAUGGCACAGGCCCAGGGGAUGCACAUUGAUGGUGAGCGAUGGGGCUUGUGCCGCCAAAAGACCGAGGUCCGUCGGCGGGUAUGGAGUCAUCUUUACACGCUCGACAAGACGAUAGCCCUGUCCAUUGGUCGACCCUUUGCCAUUGUUGACCAGCAGUGCAUUGUCAAGCUCGCAUCCAACCUCGACCUGGACGACUUGGACGAGGCCGAGGCCGAGCGAGCUGUAGAGCGCCCACUGUCGGAGCCAACGCUCAACCUCGGUAACCGCCUCGGGCACGAACUAAGCGUUAUUGUAGGCAAAAUUCAAGAGCGGUGCUUUGGGCUAUUCCAGGUGUCUUAUGACACUGUUCUCGCGCUUCACGCUGAGAUUGUUGCAUGGGAAGAUAAGCUCCCACCAUAUUUUAGACUCCAGGAACCUGAUCUAUCAAAGGACGACCAAUACAAAUGGCUGCGAUGGAGUCGUCUGCGCCUGCACAGCAUGUCUCACUUUGCCAAGGUGACGCUUCAUCGGCCAUUUCUGCUUCGGCAGUCCAUCACCAACCGAUAUCGAUUCAGCAACGACACGUGUAUCGCUUCGGCAUGUGCCGAUCUGGAAAUGCGCCUCAAGUACUUCUCGCAGCCCCUGGUGGAUAGAAUGAAGUGGACGCUGGGCCCUCACAAUAUGUUCAAUAGCGCCCUUAUCCUGGGUAUCAUAAUCGUGCGGGAUCCCUUUUCGAACCGCUCCCAGGCGAUCCUUGAAGACCUCGAAGCCUACUGCGAGCUGCAGCGGAAUGACGUCUGGCUCAACGAGUUUGCGCUUGCCGAGGUCAAGAUAUGUGAGCUGUGUAUCAAAAAGACGCGCCAGGCCAUUAGAGGCGCUGCUCGGAGGAUGACCGCCAAUAGCAGUAUACCCCCAAGCGGUGGCAGCAGUAACAGCGCCAUUCCACUACCCGAUUCCCUCCCGGCCUUGUCCACCCCUUCUCUUCACCAGACUGCAGCCCACCAGCCUAUAAUGGAUCACGUCGAGGGCAUGGAGGGAGGAGACCCGGUGAAUGGUGCCCGAUUGAGGGAUCCCUUCUUUGGCAUGUCCAUGAAUGCGGCAGCCGGGUUCGGAUCCGUCAAAGGGGCGACCAUGUGGGAUGAUCAAAACUAUGCGUUUCCCGAAACCGUCGACCUCACUCAUUGGGAACAGGUUUUAGAUACAAUCAUGCAGGAUCACCAGAUAUAA